AUGGCCGUUCAUGAGAUCGGACAUGCUCUCGGUAAUCUAAUUCAGAGCGGCAAUGUUUUAUUGCAAACUGACCUUCCUUAUUCAAGCCUUCCUUUCAGCCACUAUUUUAAUUGAUUUUUACACCCAUCCAUCAAUCCAUUCAUUUAUUCAUCUUCCCAUUCCUUAAGCCAUUUCUUCGUCCAUCCUCUUGAACCUAACCAUCCAUUGCCUCCUCAAUUCAUCCAUGGAUUGGUUUUCCCACAGGAAGUUUGCACUUUAAGUGCUGAUUGGAUUUAAAGCUAAUAUAAAUUUACUUAUAUGGCUAACUAUGGUUGCAGGAAUGUACCACGAGCAAAGUAGACCUGAUCGUGACAAGUAUGUGACCAUUCACUGGGAUAAUAUUGAAAAGGGUAUGGUCAGCUUUAUGUUAUCGUAAUUAAGAUUCAUGCAAGUGCCGCAGAUCAUGAGCGACACCUUGUAAAAAUUAAAAGGUCACGGCAAAGUUGACCUCAAAACGUCGCCUUCAAUGCAAAAAGUGGCUUUGCGGUGGCCGUGAAACAACUUUAACUGUAAUUUUUACUAAUCCAGUACUGAAAUAGCUAAUGAACAAUUAAUGCUGAAAAAAAUGAGGAAGGAGUCUCGAGGCUCAACUAGUUUGCUAAAACAGCACAAAUUCAACAAUGACUCUUCGAGUUCCCCUACAAUCGCGGUGAUGUCGCUUAAUAACAGUAGUAGGACUGAGUGAGUCUUUAAAAACGCGAAUAAUAAACACAAUCGGACGACAGCAAAGUGAUAUUCCGAUUGUUAAUCACGAGUAUGAUUUCAGACAGAAUUCGAAGGUCACUUUCCUAUUAAAGCACAACCAUUUCAUACUUUGUUACAGUUUCGAUUAAGCAGAUGAUAGCCUGUGGGUUCAAUUAUUAGAUAUCUGGAAAGUUUUUCUCUUAUGAAGAACUCAAUCUGAUCCUGUUAUUUUAGGCCAAGCACACAACUUUAACAAAUAUAGCUACAGUAUCGACAGUUUGGGAUCCCCAUAUGACUACAGUUCCAUAAUGCAUUACGGUAAGCGUGAUUUUGCUUGGCCACCAUGGAAAGUUACCAUUGAGCCGAAGCAAAGAGGAGCAAAAAUCGGUCAGCGGAGACAUCUUAGCACUCUGGAUAGGAAACAGAUGAACAAGCUUUACAACUGCAAUAAAAAAUAAGAUGGUAAGGCAAAAAGUGAUAUUAGAUAUGCUAAUUUUCAAGAACAUCUAUGAAAAUGAUUUUGAGGGUCUGGGGGAUGUUUCUAUCUUAUUUCUUCACCCAAAUGUGAAGUUUAUCAUUAAUACUUAUCGAAAGAUUAUGUAAUCUCUUGUUCUUUUGCAUUCUUUAUUUUCAGAGGUUUCAUUUAACUUUUAACGUAUUUAGUCAGCAAGUCUUCACAAGAAAAUGAGAAAGAUAGCUUUUCUGUGAGACCGUUUCAUUAAGGUUUGUUAUGUAGGGGAUGAGACCCCUUCAUGAUGAAAUCUGAGCGUUGAUAAGUAACAAGCAUAAUUUCUGCUGUACCUUUUCUCUAUUGAUAUGAAUUACGCAUUAACGUAAAUAACUUUAUUUCAUUUGCUAGGCCACCAUAUCCAAGGGCUGGAUCCAUGAUGGAGAUUAAGAUAAUAAUUGUGAUAAGUUAGUGGUUUAAGAUGAACAUCAAUAAAACUCUUUAAAAUCAACUGGUUGCGGUUCACUAGUUGUUUGAUUGCCUUCUCUACAAUCCAUUUGCAGCUUUAUAUGCUUAAAUAAAAGAAAUAAAUAUGUUUUUUUGUGGAGCAAAUGUAUUUUAAGUUCGACGAGAAAUAUUUUCUCCAAAUACUUUUCUUUUCAUAAAAGGGAAGUCGUCCAAAUAACUUGAAUUUACCCUUCCUUAAUCUGCGUCGUAUCUCUGAGAAAUACGUCUCACACAAGUACAGUUUAUAGGGUUCUUUUCCUCCUAGUUAGUCCAAUCAAAGUUUUCAAAAAAAAAAAUCAAUUUAGCAAUGCCGGUAUUUUUUUUUAUGAAGCAAGAACUUUUUAACUGAAGAUCUAAAAUGAGGGUAAUCCCUAGGCAAUAAUACUUUCUCAGAAGAGAUCGAUCAAGAGGACAUUAUGUUCUUAUUUCAGGAACACUUUUAUGUCUUAGAAACAUUCCAGUCUUAUCUUUUUAUGGAGGAAAACAAGUAGAAUGAUCUACUCUCGACCUACAUCGUUCCCUAAAGUACAUGGUAUGAAUAAUGUCUUAGGUUGGAUGUGUAUCAAUAUUUAUCAAACUGUUUUGUCGGCACUUUUCAAAGUUUAUUACAAAGGAAUGCAUAAAAGCAAAGUGAAAUGAUGACCAAUGGGUUAAAGCUUGAUAAAUAAAAUCGUGAUAAAUAUAUCCUGGAUCGUGGCAUCCCUCGUCCAUGGUGAAAGAUAAAAUACCGCUUUAAUUAUAAAAUGAAUGGAGAGCGGAAUGAAAGUGUUUUUUUUUGGGCCAGCAACGUUUACUAAAGAAAAAGAGAAAAGACGCUUGAGACAAAAGAAAUUCACGUCAUCAUAUCCGGCUAAGAAAUGAGUCAAUAUAAAAAAUCGCAGACUCUCCGUUUGGUCAAUUUAGAGUGAAAUUUUGCAAUAUUUAUUUCCUAAAAGUAAUUGCUUUAUGGUUUAAUCUUGCGUAGAAAUCAGAAGGCAGUAACAUUACAGUAGCUGGUCUAUUAAUCAAAUAAUGACUUUUUUUAGAGGAAUUUGAUACCUCAGGUGCUAAUGACCUUUUAGCCGUUUUCAUCGACAUCGUUUGAUCAGCUGAUAGCGACUUGGAGAAGCGACAAUUCACGUCAAGAUGUGAAACUUAACUAGCUGUUGAUCUCAAUUAAAUUUUCAUACCGAAUGGUUUCACACCUGCUUAGAGAGCGAAGUAAGGUUUGUUUAGCUGGAUUUACUCAAUUAAAAGGCAAAGGGAUCCCAGAAAUCUCCUGCUAUAAAAUAAAAUUUUUAGGAUGGUUAUUCAGUUUUGUGUUAGCAUCAAAAUGUUGUUCGUGUGCCUGACGUUUCUAUUACUAGCUUCCUCACUGGGGCAUGAUAUAACAAGAAGAGGUACGUAUGAUUCUCUAAAAAAUAUAGUUACAUUCAACUGCAGCUUCAACUAUUCCCAUAAUCGUAAACAGCUAUCACCAUGUGAUUUUCUCCUCGUGCUUCUCAUAGUUUAAGGGGUGAUGUGAAGAUUAAGCGAGCCGAACGAUCAAUCCUUGAUAUCCUGUUGAUGUUGGAGGCUUUUACCUCGCUGCAGACAGUUUUACUUUUUCCGAGCAAUAUAUUAAACUUUGAUGUUAGGUUGAAAGACGCUAAUUUUAAGAGUUAGUUUUAUAAGUAAGAGCUGAACUUCGUCAUAUUCAGGCACGCAAGGUUUUGACGCAACUUUUUUUUCCCUUUUAGGUGCCUCUGACCAGUAUGAAUUUUUUGAAGGUGAUAUACUGCUUACUAAAAAGGAGAUGGAGGCAGUCAAACAUGGCCUUAGUCCUAAUGGUGCCAUUGGUGCUCGAGGGCUAUCGAGUUACAAAGACAGGCUGUGGCCUAGAGGAAUCGUUUAUUACACUAUUAGUACGAGUGAGUGCAAUUGCGCUGUGCGCUACUCUCUUCCCUUUUAGCUUUUAUUCCACUGAUCUGAAAUGUUUUGCAUUAAAUUUUCUUUAAUCUCUACGAACUUAUUCUGAAAUCAUUUAAAUUGAUUGUUGAAAUUAUGGCUAUUAGUCACACAGUCACAGAAAGCAGUAGGCAGAAACUGAAUUUUCUAUGGCUCUUUAAUUCGCCGAAACUGUGCCAAUGCUUGAAUGCAUGAUUGCUCUUCUAUUCUAUUAAAUAAAGAUCUAUUUUCUUUAAUUUUUAUCAUUUCCCUGCACUAUCAACAUUCCAGUUGACAAUGGAGGGCUUCGUAGAUUUUCAGUGCAACUUCACAACUGCACAUGCACUCAUUGCACUAUCAAGCAAAAACGUCCUUCAGACCAGUAUCCUUUUUUUUUUAUUCCAGUCAGACCAAUAAGGAGAGCAAUAAUCCACAGCGCAAUACGAGAAUGGGAAGAGUUUACUUGCAUUCGUUUUAAAGAAAGAAGAUACGAAAAGGACUACAUUGAGUUCUUUGUGGGAAAAGGGUAAGAAUUUCUCAGAUUUCAUGGAAAGAUCAAAAUUAGGGAUUGAUUGGCUGAGUUAGGGAAUCAGUGAACUACAUAUAGAUUUAAUUAUAAUAUUUUGUUAUUCUAUUAGUUCUAACACUGCCGCAAAAGAAGCGAUGAGGCUAGUUAGGACAGUUCACGACUUUGACUCUCGUACAUCUCAUGUCUUUUACAUGGUAUACCAAUUGUCUUUUUGUCAGAUGUUAUUCACGAGGAAUUGGUCGUGUGGGAGGAAAACAACAAAUCUCUCUUGGUUUUGGCUGCAUCACACAUGGCAUAGCCGUUCAUGAGAUUGGACAUGCUCUUGGUAAUCUAAUUAAUUUUGGCAAUUUUUUUCUGCCGUGAAUACGAAAGGGGAAGUUUACCAUCCAUCCAUCUAUCCACGUCUUCACCUAUUUAUCCAUCCAUCCGUUUCUCGGUACACUCAAUUUUUUUGGUUUGAUAGUCAGCUCAACCAUCCAUCCAUUCAUAAAUCAAGCCAUUUAUUGAAGACUAAAAGAAUGAAAAGCUAAUACCAUGGCCAUAAAUGUAACUCAUGUUUUUAAUUUUUGUUGCAGGAAUGUACCACGAGCAAAGUAGACCUGAUCGUGACAAGUAUGUGACUAUUUACUGGGAUAACAUUCAAAAGGGUGAGACCGACUUAAUGAUAUCAUUGGUUUGUUAAGUGCUGUUACUUCUCUGUAUGUCGUCAAGUGCAUGCUAAUUGGUGAUUUCAUGGUACGAUGUAGACCGCGCCACUAUUCCGGUAAAAAAAAAAUUGAAUUCAAACUAUAUAGGAUAAGGUUGAUAGGAGAUUGCGAAAACAGAAAUUUAGAAACCUCCGGAUAGCCAAAUUGAAGAUUGUUUUGCCAGCUACAGUUUCCCAACGGCGCUCUGUUUAUCACGAAUCACUUUUAGAUUUCCUCUACAAUCUUUUCUACAAGUCAAACUGUGCCUUUUCCAACGAUUUUAAACACGUUUCCGCCUUUAUUUCUAUACUUUUAUGUUCACCGAAACGUAAGAGCAUGAUCUUGGACUCUAACAGCAGAUUAUGAUACGUUUUCGCGUAAUAUAUGGCAUGAUAAGAAAAAAAUGAGUAAAACAAACAGCAUCAUAACACCAUUAAGGGAAAGCCCUGCUUAUUUGGGAUCAUCUACGAUUCUGUCAAGGGUCAAUUCAUCUUAUUCUGCCUUCAUAUCAUAUCCUAGGUAGUGAAGGCAACUUCUACAAAUAUAGUCAUCAUGUAAUCGACAGUCUGGGAAUCCCGUACGACUACAGUUCCAUAAUGCAUUACGGUAAGCGUGAAUUGGCCUGGCCUCCAUGGAAAGUUACUAUUGAGCCGAAGCAAAGCGGAGUAAAAAUCGGUCAGCGGAGACAUCUUAGCACGCUGGAUAGGAAACAGAUGAACAUGCUAUACAAGUGCAACAGAAAAUAA